UUUGAGGACAGUCUGACGUAUAUUUUAUCGAAGUACCCUGGCUCCCAUCACUAAAAAAUUAUUGCUCGUCAUUGAAACCGAAUAUUUCCAAAAAUCAUUUUAAUUUAUCACAAUAUAUAUCCCCUCUCGAGAAGCUCCCGCAUCAUGUUUGGAAGACAGAGUGGACUUGGCAGUUCCAGCAACAGCAGCAAUUUGGUGGAGUUUCGUGCCGGACGCAUGAAUAUGGUGGGCAAAAUGGUGCACCCCGAUUCGCGCAAGGGUUCGGUCUACAUGACCCAAUCCGACGAUGGCCUGAUGCACUUCUGCUGGAAGGAUCGCACCUCCGGCAAGGUCGAGGAUGACUUGAUUGUCUUUCCCGAUGACUUUGAGUACAAGCGCGUGGAGCAAUGCAAAACCGGACGUGUUUAUGUGCUCAAGUUCAAGUCUUCGACGCGCCGCAUGUUCUUCUGGAUGCAGGAGCCCAAGACCGACAAGGACGAGGAGCACUGCCGUCGCAUCAAUGAGCUCCUUAACAAUCCGCCCUCUGCACACCAGCGUGGCGGGGGAGGUGGCAGCAAUGACGGCGAUCUGCAGUACAUGCUGAACAACAUGUCGCAGCAGCAGCUUAUGCAGCUCUUCGGCGGUGUGGGCCAAAUGGGAGGGCUGAGCUCUCUGCUGGGCCAAAUGAACUCACGUACACCGUCGUCUCGCAACACCUCAUCGUCGGGAGGCGCCUCGGCGCUGCAAACGCCCGAAAACAUCAGUGUGCCCCGCACUCCCACUGCACCCAAGGGCUCCAAGUCGGGCAGCAGCCGCAGCAAUCUGAAUUCGCAGAGCGACACCGCUGGCAGUGCCAGCUCGUCACUAGAUGCCGAUGCCUCCGGUAAGAACUCAACCACAUCAACCACGACAGCAUCAGAAACGACUGGAGCCUAUGCCAAUCCAUUCCAAGCGUAUUUAUCCAAUCUCUCCCCCGAACAUGGCGCAGGGCGUUCUUUGAACAUCGACCUAUCGACGGCCCUCUCGGGCGCGGAUGCCAUCAAUCAGCUUAUUGCCGAUCCGGAGCGCGUUAAGUCGCUGAUUGUGCACCUGCCCGAGUCGGAGGAUGCGGAUGAAGAUCGAAAGCAGCAGAUAAAGGAUCACAUUACAUCCCCACAGUUCCAGCAGGCCCUAGCCCAGUUCUCCAAUGCCUUGCAAUCGGCCCAGCUGGGUCCAGUGGUGAAGCAGUUUGAGCUAUCCAACGAUGCCGUGGCCGCCGCAUAUUCCGGCAAUCUAGAGGACUUUGUAAACGCCCUGGAGAAGAGUCUGCCCGCCGGAACCACCAUGGGUGGGGAGAAGGAUUCCACCGAGAAGAAGGCCGAGCCCGAGGUCACCAAGGAGGAGAACCCCCCGGCCGAAGAGAAGCCGGAGGAGAAACAGAAAUAGCAUUCACUUGUCUAGCAAAAUACUAAUUUACGCAAGAAAAUCAAACGCGUUUCAAACCAAUAGUUUUUUUGCACAUUUCUAAUAGUAUUUACGUUGUGAAUAAAUUGGCAUGGCAAGAAGCUAACCACCAGA